AUGGGGGGUGCCGGCAAGAGGGGAGCCGGCCAGGAGCUCCUCCCAAGUUCUAGGAUGCCCGCUGGUGCCCAGAAAGACGAGGCCGAUCGGCUGGUGGAGCUGCUGACCACCGAGAUUCUGCACCCCGACAGCCAGGCCCCCAACGGAGUGAAGAGCCACUUCAUCGAGGUGGCGCUCGGCUUCGCAGAGGGCAGCUGCGACCCCUCGGAGCAGUGCCCGGCCCAGGCCCGCUGGAGCAGCCUGUGGCACGUGGGGCUUGUCCUUCUUGCUGUUGUCCUGCUGCUGCUGUGUGGGGUCACAGCCAGCUGUGUCCGGUUCUGCUGCCUCCGGAAACGGGUGCACGCCCAGGCCCACCUGUCCCCAGCACUUCGUCCCUGCGACCUGACGGCCAUCCCCAUGGACAGCGACAGCCCCGUGCACAGCACUGUGACUUCCUACAGCUCUAUCCAGGACCCACUGGGCUUGAGGAUGCCCCUGCCCUCUGGGGAGCUGGACCUGGACUCCAUGACCCCACCUGCCUACAGUCUAUACGCCCUGGAGCUGCCUCCCUCUUACGACGAGGCCAUCAGGAUGGCCAAGCCCAGACAGCAAGCGCUGACCCCCUCCCACUAGCCCAGAAGCCCCCUCCCUGGGCCCCGGGGUCCCUCAGAGGGGUUCAGGGAAACUCUUCAGGCCUCCCAAUACUGCCAGCACCCCCCUCUGUGCCCAGAGGGGCCAGUGCAGGGACACUUGGAGCCAGGGCCCAGGGAAAGCCGGCCGCCCGGCCCGUUGCCGCAGCUCUCGCCUCCUUGCUGUGUGACGGCCCGUCCAGCGCCAGCAGGCCCGGGCCCAGAGGAGGCCGCAGGCUGAGCCUCGGGCCUGGGCCUACUGAGCGCCUGGCACUUUGGAGA